UUUAAUGUUUAUAUGGUUUAGCGAUAGCACUCUCACUAUAUACAUAUAUAAUAUGUAAUAAAUAUGAAGUGCGAUAGCACUACUCCACAUUGUCCCUAGUUGAAUUUAUUUUUUGGCUUUUGACCUCAAUAGUGAAAUUGUAAAUUAAUUGUAUGACAACUGUCUGAUUAUCCCCUUAUAAUUAUAUAUUUUCAAGUAGUUCAUUCACAACGUCUGAGUGUAUGUUGUCGGCGAUUAGCCUAGCAAUGAUCUUAAUUGUGGUUGUCAGCCCAAAACCCUCUAAAUAUAUAUUAAAUGCAUCUUACCAGAUAUAAAAUGACUACUACAUAAUCUGUGGUAGUCGUUUGGAGCCCAGUUUUCUCGUCGCAUUGCAGCAGUCAAUCUCGGUCUCCUCUUCGGGUCUCUCGGAAUACGGUAAAAAUUCAAGUCUCUCCGUCUAUCUUCUCUGUUUUUGCAACCGACCGCCACACACGACUUCACCAUUUUGAUUAUUAAUGUUAACGAGCAGAAAAACACGCCAUAAUAGGAGGAAUUUACGAAGCGCUAAUGCAUUAACAUGACGAGUAUCCGGACAACAUGGCGCGGGGGCGUGGCUGUGACGUCACGUGAGUAGGGUCUAUAACUUUCAUCAUCAAGGAGGAAAAACUGUUACGUGAUUGAUGACGUCCGAAGCAUUUUCGGGACGAAAGAAGCUUCGGAUGUCAUCAGUCAGGUGAUAGCUGUCGUUUGAAGCAAGCUCGCAGGUUCAAUAGAGUGACAAACUUCGAAGCUUCAGUUUUGUUUGCUGAUUAGUACCCAGUACCCUUUUGAUGCUUGAGGAAUUUCUACAGAGGCAACGCCGGAACAUGGGGAGCGUCAGCAGCCUCAUUGCCAACGACCAACUCAACAGUAAACACUGCAAGGCAUCAGAGUUGAUGCUGAAAAACAGAACAAAUCAGCCUAGACGCAAUGGAGGUUGCAGCCUUGAUGGCUUGCUAAAGUGCAGCUUCACUCAGGCUUCCUCCUCCCCCGUCCAUCCCGCCAAAGGCCUUUCUCACUCCCCGUCAGGGCGAAGUGAGGACUUUUUUUACAUUAAGGUGAGCCAUAAACCAAGGACAGUGCAUCACAGAAGAGGAUCAAUGGAAGACAGCAUGAGCGUGGAGGUGAAAUCUGACGAGCGGCCGAAACUGAUGCUGAUGUCCGGGACUGAUGGGACUACUGCUGAGAAGUCGCUGGUCCGAUCCACUGCAUAUAAGCCUUUAAUUCCCAAGAGUGUGUCCUCAACAGAGGCACAACGCAACAGCCUGGACAACAUCCUCAGCCAGCUGGACAAACCAAAGAGUCCAGAUAUUCGACACAAGCAAGACACCCCCCCUGGGAAUCUGUCAGACUCCGGACGCAACUCCAUGUCAAGCCUCCCCACCCACAGCACCAGCGGAAGUGUUUCCACUGGCCCCGUCAGUCACAACGAUCCCCGCAAGGGAGAUGAGUCCAAUUUGUCCCCCUGGGUGAACAGCGGCGGUCGAGACAGCGGCUACAGGGCUGGUUUGAGCCCAGGGGGGUUGUCAUCAAAGACUCACGGUGAGGGCGGCUCCCCGCUAUCUUCAGAUGGGUCCAAACAUUUUCCUGAAACUGCAGGGGGCAGUCGGACCCCUCUGACCACAGAUGAGUCUCUGAUUGAAACGUUGGAACAGAGACUGCUAGAAAGAGAGAAUGAACUGCAGGACUUACAGGUGAGCUAUGACGUAAAAGAAGCAGCAACUUGCCAGUUAUUCGAAGAACGGCAAAAGAAUUGCGCCAACGAAAUGCAAGCGCUGAAGCAGCGAUGCUCCGCGACGUUACAACAAGCCUCGCAGAUGGCGGCGAGUACCCAGCAAGCGCUGCACCUUCAGGUCGGCCAACUCCAGGCAGAAAACGCCAGGCUAAAGGAGGACCUUGCCAAUCUGAGCCGAGAAAGGGAUCUCAUGGAGCGGAAAUUGAAGGCCUAUGAAGAGGAGAGUACGCAACUCGCUCCGACGCUUGAGGAAACUCAGUGGGAGGUGUGCCAGAAAGCGGGCGAGAUCUCCCUUCUGAAGCAGCAGCUACGAGACAGCCACGAGGACGUCAGCCACAAGCUCAAUGAAAUAGUCAGCCUCAGGGCACAGCUGAAGGAAAUCGCAGCGAAAGCAGAAAAGCUAGCCAAGGAGAACAAAGACAACGGCGACAGGCUACGCUCCCGCACCAUCCAAGUGGAGGUGUGCCAAAAUGAACUCCAGCGCAAGAUGAAUGAAGCUAACCUCCUCCGAGAAAAAGUGGGCAAACUGGCCAAACACAUCGACGGCACUUCACAACUUGAACCUUACGGAUCCACAAAGGAGGAACACGAGAGACAAACCUCCACAGAUCUCCUCCAGAAAGAGGUGGAGAGACUACGUCAGCAACUCAGCGAGGAAAAGGCAGCUCAGGCGAAGCUAGCGUCAAGCUUUGACCAGGAGAGACGCACUUGGAACAAGGAGAAGGACAAGGUCAUCAAGUACCAGAAGCAACUCCAGAUCAACUACCUGCAGGUGCAUAAGAAGAACCAGGACUUGGAGCGGCUCAUGAAGAAGUUGACCGCUGAACUGGAGGCCCGGGCGGAACUGGGCUUGGAUCUCAAGUACAGCUCAGGGUUAAAGACAUACGAUGAUGUCAUAGCUACUGAAAUAUGAUUGCCCACUUAAUACAAAAGCAUUCAAUGCAGACAUGGGAGGUCAUUGCCAAUGAUAAUUACUGUUAGUGUAGCACUGAACAUUUCAAAUAGAAGGUUUGGGUUUUUGUGACAUUUAGUUAAAGGAAUCAAACAUACAAAAUUUGUCAUUUUGUGCUCUAAAAAUGUUAAUUUAUUGAAGGUAAUUUAUUGAAGGUUGUGUUUUUAAUACUUGUUUUUGUACUCUGCAGAAUCUUUCAUCAUUAAAAGUGUGAACAAUAUGA